AUGUCAGUCGCCGGAGCGAUUAACCCCUUACCCGCUACACCAAUCCCUGCCGGACCCACCACCACCCGCCGCCGUGUGGGCGAUUCUCUUGACGUAGUCUCCGAACGACCCUCGAAUUCUUCUGAUUUCUGCAGUACAGUCAAUUUAACCACCGCUAAUAACGUCGUUGUAUCGACGGAUUUGGACGGCGGAGAAACGAACGGCCAAGGAGGUCCGUGUUCCUCCCCAUCUUCGGAGGGUUCCUCGUCUACUGGAUCUCACUACCACCACGAUCACUAUCACCAAUUUCACAACCACCAAGCGAUUCGGUUCCUUCUCCUCCGUAAAUUCCGAUUUCCGUUUUUCCAAGGCAGCAGUGGCGGUGGAUCGGCGGCUGUGGUGGGGCAAGGGUUUAGAUCGGGAAGAAGCGUGGGCCGUCGGAUCUUGGGUCUCCUCAUGGUUCUCGUGGUCGCGUCCGUGUUCCUCAGGGUCUACCUCAUAGGUGGUGUAAGCGUGGUCGACCACGCGCGACUGAACGAGUUUGUCGUCGUUAGAACACUCCGUGACGAUCGGUCAAUGGCUCAACGCGAAGUCGCGGAAAACCAAGCUUCCUCUCAGCCAAUGCGCGUUCUCGAAAAGCUUCCCGUGAGUUUUUGUUCUCUCUCUUUGCUCUUUUACACUUAA